GUGGGGACGGGGCUGUCGUGCGGUUGAACGAGCUCCGCCCCGAGCCGGCCGCGGGAGUUGGGGAGGGGCCGCCCCGGGACUCGAGCCCGUGCGGCUGGGGCGGCCGAUCCCGCAGGAGCCUCCUGUCGCGCGCGGCUCCGCUCCGUGCCCAGGCCGCUGAUCCCCAGCCCGGGCUAGGGGCUCUUCCACGGGGUCAGGCGAGACGCGACACCCUAGGGGCCGGCCCCGCCUUCAGAUUCAAGCUGGUAUCUCCAUGAAUAAUUUAAAUGAUCCUCCACACUGGAACAUCCAGCCUAAUCAAAGAAACGGUGAUGGUGACGGAAGCAAAUGGAAUUAUGCUUUGUUGGUUCCCAUGCUGGGAUUGGCUGCAUUUCGUUGGAUAUGGUCAAGAGAAUCCCAAAAAGAAAUAGAAAAAGAGAAAAGAGAAUAUUACACCAGACUGGCAUCUCUACAAAGAGAUCUUGAAUCAAAGUACCGUGACAUAAUUGCAGAAAAUCGCCGUGCGGUAGCUCACCUGGAGUUAGAGCUUGAAAAAGAGCACAACAGAACCCUAAGUUACCGUGAAGCUCUCAUCUCCCAGACUCACAAAUUAGUGCAGGAGAGAAGAAUUCUAGAACAGGAUCGUGAAAAGUUAGAGCAAGAAAAACAUGUUCUGCUGCGCUCAGGGGCAGUAGGUGCAUUGUACCAGAGCUGUCUGGCAAAGGAAGAAGAAUGGCAAAAGAGAGCCAAUGUUUUACUAAAAGAAUUUGAAGAAGCCCUUAAGGAAAGGCAAGAAAUCUACUGCAGUCUCAUGCUGCCCAGAAACCAGCGACUUGAAAUAGAGAAAAAUUUGCUUAUCAGAGCAGCAACUGAUCCUGUUGCUGCAGACAUAGAGAUGGAAAGUGGUUUAAGGGAGAUUUUUAAACAUGAUACAUACUGUGGCAAUUUACUAAACAAGAACAAAAGUCAAAAUGGAAGAUUAAUGUGGCUCUAUCUCAGAUAUUGGGCACUAACUGUUGAACUACAGAAGUUCAACAGGGUAGAAAAAGUCAUAUUGGAGAAGUCAUGAGUUGGAGGGAAGCAAUGAUAUUUCAUGCACUAUACAGAUAUAAUGUAGAUCAAUUCACUAGUAUUCUGAAGCUGGUAAUUUCUAUAGCAUAGCCCUCUAUUUUUCCCUCCUUGUUAUCACAGUUAUGUGAGGGUAUCUCCUGUGUCAAUGCCUUUCCCUCAGUUGGCCAAAUGCUCAGUGAGCAGUUUUCUUAACCAUAAGAGCAUGUGAACUAGCUCUGCUUUUGGAAGCAGUCUAGGUACAGCAGCAUGGAGCUCUUCACAGGCUAAUAUACUUUGUUGACUGUCACCCCUGUUAACUGCAAAAUGUACUUUGUUUUUCUGAGCCUAAGUGGCACACUGUCCUGAUUUCCUGCGUAGCAGUUUGCCACUGGCUUUCUUCAGUUAGGCUAACCUGAGGAAAAUAUUUGGAAGAAACUGGGGUUUCUUGUCUCAUUUUACAGGUGUUGGAGGCCUUUGCUGGGUCAGUGGGGAAAUAAAUAUACAAAUCAUGUUCCAAAUUAGUCAAGUUUGCAGUGUCUUUCAUGCUUAAUAUUCCAGUAUCACUUUAUGCUACAUAAUGCCUAUAAAAAGAUAUUUUCCCCCAAAUCCUGAAAUGCUAUUUAAAAUCAUGCCCGAGGGGAAAAAAAGUAAACAGGACUCAUCUCUCUAUUUUCUUUAGGUUAAUAAGAUAACAGUCAUGCGUCAGGAUUGUGCAAGAGCUAAGAUUUAAAAGCAGCCACUUAAGAAAUAGUGAUACAGUGGGAAAGUACUUCCCUUUCUAGAUCUAGUUUGCCAUCACAGCCCUUUUAAAACUUCUCCUGGACCUUCUGCUGCAUUUGUGUCCCAACAGGCUGUUAGCUUUCCUGGGCCAUAGUAGGCUCCAGCUUCUGUCUGUGGCACAUCUCCCUGGUACAGGUUGUCCGAUAUCUCUUUAUGGCAAUGUGAUGCUGCUGCUCACCUGUUCUUGGCCCCAGGACAGUUACCAUUACUGGAGUAACUUAAGCAUAACCUUUUUCAGAGGACUUCAAAUUUAAAGUUCACCUCCUUGGAGACAUACAUCUUUGGAAGCCAGGUACACCGGCUUUGUAAAAGUUCCAAAAACGAAGUUAGUGCUUACUUUGGCUGGCAUUAUAAAUCUAUGUAGCUAGACAAAAAAAGCCACCAAGAAAAACAAUAAGGUGCACAUUUCCCCAUCUCAGUUUCCUAACCCUCUCUUGAAUGCUUUUUGGGCUUAGAUCAAUAGUUGCUUAAUGCAACAGUUCCCAACUUUAAGUGGUCCAUAGGCAGUAGAACUAAGCAAGUGAUGUACUGCAGCCAUCAUAUUGUGUUCUUCCUUUCAAUGUAUCUGGAAAACAAAUUUUUCUGUAGCCAUGUUAGAUGGUCUUGAGAGUAACAUGCCAUAUUGGGGACCACUGCUCCAGAAGGUCAGAAUCUACCUUCUUUUGCAUCUGAGUUAACCUCAAGAACAAUGAAUCUCUUUUCUGUACAGCCAAUUCCUUCUGCUUUCAUACCUAAGCUUUUGCUCUCAGUUUCUCAGAUAGCACAUGAGUAACUGCCUUAUUACCUCCAGACACCUUUCUCAGGUGACCUUUGGAUCAGGCUCAUUAUCUGAUCAAGGCCCUGCCAGGAAAGUCUACUUACCAAUCCCUGCAGUUCAGAUUUGAAAACUGGGUUUGCCUUGGGUAGUACUCAUCUUUUUAUCCAUAGGAGCUCCAAUUACAUGAAUAGUUAUCAAUAGGUAAUGACCCUCCAUUCUGAGACCUGUGCCAGGUGCAAGGAUUUCUCCCAUUAGCUCCUGCAGCUUUUAUCUCCAUAUGGAGGCAAGAACAGCUGAGAAGGCAGACAAGCAUUUCAAAUUAGCUUUGAUUAGUUAAUAAAAUAAUUAACACAAUGUU